CUCAGUGUCCUGCAUGGCUGCAGGGAUGGGGGAGCAGGCGCCGGGCGCCCCAGGGGAGCCGCGCGGCUUUCAGCUGGACAAGGAGUUUCUGGCAUCACCCAAGGGACUGCUGAUGCUUGGCGAGCUGGCACUGAGUCUGCUGGUCUUCGCCCUGCUCACGGCCUCGGUGUCAGCCUACAUGGGCGCCGCAUUGCUGGAGACCCUGCUCACAGCUGCAGUUCUGGGCCUGCGUGGCACCCAUGCCCACCACCACCUGCCCGCCCUGCACUGGCCCUGCCUGGACAUGCUACGCUGUGGCAGUGCUGCCCUCAUCUUUCUCGUCGUGGCAGUCGCUGCUGUUGCUGCCAGCCGUGAAGGGGCGGCUGUGAGCGCUGCGACUUUUGGGUUGGUCCUGGCAGGGGUCUUUGCUUACGAUGGGGUCCGGACCUACCGGCUCCAGCAUGCUGCGGGGCUUGGACAAGAUUCCAGGGUGGAAGCAGAAGAGUGAGCCUGACCCACAGCCCUUGUCCCCUCCCCAGUGUCCCUCACUCCCUGCCCCCUUCUAGCCCUGCUAGUGCCCCCCACUCCCAACCUGCAGCCCCCUGACCCAUGAGUCCUGCUAGCCCAACCUGCAGCCCCCUGCCAGUGCCCCCCUAGGUUUUGGUGGGGGCUUAGUGGGAGAUGAGACCUGAUUCUGCACUUGGCCUCGCCAAGCUCUUGAGUAUGGGCAACCCCCCCUACCAAGGCCAGUGUGCAUCAGUCCACGUGUCCAUUUGUCCUGUCCCAUCCCCUCUCCUCCCCUCUCCUCUGCCGUGCUCCCUGGCACACAAGUCUUCGGCAUCCCUGUACAAGGAGUCUCACGAAGACCUGCUGCCUGGAGGACCCGGCACCAGUGUCCUUGUGUUUGCACGCAUGUGUAUGUCUGUGGCUUGCACGUGAUUCCAUAAACAGGUGGUCAUGUGGCCCUCACAUUUGUGCGUGUAUGCA